CUCUCUCUCUCUCUCCACCUUCGCUUUCUCUCUCUAGAUUUCUGCUUGUUAAACUUUCUAUCAUUUCUCCACCCAAAACCUUUGCCUGGAUUUUCUCUAAAUCUUCUCAGAUUUUCUCAAUUUCACGCACUCACCAUUGUUAACAAUCGUUCAGCUUUAAUCUCGAUACGCCUCAUCAAGCGCCAUGCCCAAUGGUUCACCGGAAAUCCGAUUCUUCUUCCGAGAAAUUGUGUUGAUGUUUUAGGGCAAUGCGUUGAUCGCGGAAUUGCAGCGGAAAGCGGAGAAAAAUCUUCACUUUAUGGCCGUGAAUGUGUUUAAACGUUGAAAUUGGAUCAUACGAAAAUCAUCUCGAAGGCCUUUUUCAUCGUGAUCAUGAUUUUGUUGGUAUUGUAGCUGGAUUGAAGGGGAAGAAACGGAAAAACGGAGAAUAGGAAGGGGAAAUAGGCUGUUUCGGGAAAAAAUAGAAGAAAAAAAGGAUUUGAUUACAAAAUAUUGUGGAAACUGCAAUGCCGGCAACGGCAUCAUGUUCGCGUCGUUAUGGUGGCCUUAGAGGGGUCAAAUGGCGGGUGGAUUUGGGGAUUUUACCGUCAUCUCCUUCUGCAACCACCGACGAUCUUCGCCGUGUCACCGCUGAUUCUCGGAGAAGGUAUGCUGCACUGAGGAGACAGCUUCUGGUCGAUCCUCAUGUGCCAAAAGAUGGAAGUAGUUCUCCUGAUCCCGUCAUAGACAAUCCGCUGUCACAAAAUCCUGAUAGCAUGUGGGGUCGCUUCUUUAGAAAUGCCGAACUCGAGAGAAUGGUUGAUCAAGAUUUGACACGUUUGUACCCUGAAAGAGGCAGCUACUUCCAGACAAGUGGAUGUCAAGGCAUCUUACGGAGAAUUUUGUUGCUUUGGUGCCUUAGUCACCCGGAGUAUGGCUAUAGACAAGGGAUGCACGAACUCUUAGCUCCACUGGUGUAUGUUCUUCAUGUGGACCUUGAACGCCUGUCAGAAGUGAGAACAACUUAUGAAGACUAUUUUAUUGACAACUUUGAUGGCUUUACAUUUCAUGAAAACGACUUGACAUAUAAGUUUGAGUUCAAGAAAUUUUCAGAAUCUGGGGAAGAUGGGAGCAAAUGUAAAAAAAAUCAAAAUAUAGCCAGUCUUGCUGAACUUGAUCCAGAGAUACAAACCAUUAUAUUACUUAGUGACGCGUAUGGAGCAGAAGGUGAACUUGGUAUUGUCUUAUCAGAUAAAUUUAUGGAGCAUGAUGCAUACUCAAUGUUUGAUGCUUUGAUGCGUGGUGCUUCUGGUGCUGUUGCAAUAGCAGAGUUUUUCACACCAUCUCCUUUCCGUAAUUCCCGUUCUAUGUUCACCCCUGUAAUCGAAGCUUCUACUGCAAUGUAUCAUUUGCUUUCCUUAGUUGAUGCAUCCCUUUACACUCACCUUGUAGAACUUGGGGUUGAACCCCAGUACUUUUCACUGCGCUGGUUAAGGGUAUUAUUUGGACGCGAAUUCUCUCUGGAAGAGCUUUUGCUGAUCUGGGAUGAAAUUUUUGCGUGUGACAAUACAAGGUUCACCGAAGCAGAUGAAACUCAUGCAGAAUCAGACCUUGGAGUCCUUGAUUCACCUAGGGGAGCAUUCAUUUCUGCUUUUGCGGUGUCUAUGAUACUUAUGAUAAGGUCUUCAUUGCUUGCCACUGAGACUGCCACUUCCUGCCUUCAGCGGUUGCUGAAUUUCCCAGACGAUGCAAGUCUUGUUAAGCUUGUGGAAAAGGCAUAUUCGUUGCAGAGUCUGGCUGUAGAAGUGAACCAUACCAGUCCUCAGCUCGUUCAUCCUGGGUUCUAUGAAGAAGCGAAGCCUGGGGUUACAAGGGGUUAUAUUAACCACUCUCUCGAUGCAACUUCUCCAAGAACUCCUCUCAAAGAUACACCAAAGAGCUACUGGGAAGAGAAGUGGAGAGUGUUGCACCACAAGGAAGAAGAAUACAAGGAAGCUGGUGUGCAAGAAAAAGUGCCCCACAUCCGAAAGGGCUGGUCAGAUAGGGUUAAGCUUCAACAUUCUAAAACCGAGCCCGAGCCAUCCUCACCAACAAAAAGUGAAAGAACCAAUCUUCCUGAUCCAACUAUUAGGAAAAGUUUGUUGAGUGAUCUGGCGCAGCAACUUGGCGCAGAUGAUAAUGAAGUGAAUGAAGUAUGCAGUGAAUGUGUAGAGCACCAGGAUCCGAUUGAGGUUACUGGACAAGAUGUUGCAAACAAGAUAUCAAUUGAUGCGUUGAGUGCUGCUGGGAGCGAAGAAAAUUGUCCAGAUCUCUCAAAUCUACCCAGUCCUAAUCAUACGAACAUCGAUCAUGAGAAUGUGUCGGAAAGAAGUAGCGUUGCAUCAAACUCAUCUGUUGAUGUAUCUGAUUUUGAAUCAUUCAGGACUAACACAAAAUCGUCCCCUCUUCUCGGCCCUAGCAUCUCCCCUGACAUCUCAAGAUGUUCCCUAAAUGACGAUAUACUGGGAAAACCUCCAAAACUUAUGCAGUACACAAGGACCCUGUCAGGUAAAUUUAAUUGGUUGCUGAAGUUGGGAAGAAAUGCUAACGAGGGAAACUCUGAGAGUCCCAGUAUGCCCGUUCCAACUAAAUUUCCCAAUGGGCAGAACCGUGCUGCUGCUGCCUUUUCUGUGGCUAAUGCGUGUGAUGUCUCUUCCAUAUCUAGCAAAGGUGAAACGGUGGAUCAGAAUUCAAUGGUUAGCCUCAGGAAUCUUGCUCAAUCAAUGCUCGAGAACAUUCAGGUGAUUGAAUCUGUCUUCCAGCAGGAUCAUGGUGAAUUAGAAUCUCAAGAAUCGAAGAAUGUGUUCAUUGGCGAAGAACAAGAGACAGCCAUGUCCGCGCUCAAAGAGCUUCGGAAAAUCAGCAGCAUUCUGUCUGAUAUGUGAUUUGCUCCAUACUGAUAACCAUUUGUGUGUCGGGUAGCAUAAACAAUUGUUGCUCUGGCUUAUUAUUUUCUUGUAUGUAUAAUGUAUGUAACUUCAUCCUGACAUGUAUAAUAUCAUUAAUUGCACCUUGUGUUUAUACAGAUUUUAUCUAA